GACAAGCAAAGGCUUUACCUAUAGACUUCGCCGCAACCAUGACCUGAUUGAUGGCCGCUACAACGAUGCUCUUUUCGAGAAUGCGGACCGCGAGCUCCAGGUCUUUCGUUGGGUCCUUGAUUCUAUCUUUCAUAGCGCCUAUAAGAAGAAUUGGGAAGGCAUCAAAGGUCAAGGGCUCGUUUUGGGCAAGGCCAGAGAGAAUGAUCAGUCUAGCCGCAUCACUAUCCAUAUGGCCUAUGCAGGUGGCUCAGAGGCGCCGCGCUAUGGAAUGCUCAUUCCAGACGGCCGGUAUCUAUUCUAUUGCAAUAUGAAGUACGAGGAGCUCCUUUCGGAUGGCUACUCGCUUUAUCUUGCGGUCAAUGGGGUAAUUUUGUGCUACCAGACCAUUCCGGCUAAGUACUUGACGUUCCCCGCGCACCCUCUUCAUGAGAAGGAUCCAGCAGGUCGACAGUGGGACCCCCGUGCUCGAGAGGAAGGCAUUCCUAUGGGAACGG